AAAUAUGGAGGGAAAAAUUAGCGGGAAAAUGUCACAAUAUAUACAUAUUGAUUAGAUUUUAGAGGGAAAAAGGGUAAUGUAGAACCCUAAGAUUUAAGAAUGGAACUGAGAAGGGGAGAUAUUGUAUGGGCAAGAGUAUUAUACCCUAUAAAAUGGUGGCCUGGUCUGGUUUUGAGCACCGACAGCAUAGGCGUCGCCGUUUCAUUCUUCGAUGACGGCAAGAACCCUCGUUAUUUCCCAGAAAAAGAGGUGUGCUUCUUUCAAGAGAACUUCGAUUCACUAGCUCAGACAUUAGAAAACUGUGAUAAAGGUAAAGAAUUGUUGGAUAAAGCCCUAAAAUUGCUGGUACGAAGAGCCGUUUCGAGCUUAAAAUGCACUUGCCAUUUCCGGCUACCACAGCAAGGAGAUACAAUUUCGAGGUGGAGCAAGAGGAAGAGGAGGAGGAGAGGAAGAGGGGAUUCGUUUCAGUCAAAUGCCGUGUUGGGUUUUGUUCUUGGCGUGGCGGUUUCACCUUUUGUUGGAGUUUUGGAUUCUGUCUUUGCACUCACCUCCAUUGCCCAGCUUAAUGUGUUUCGCAGUUGUCUAGUAAGCGAGCAAAUUUUGUUCCUGCAGCAAGAGAAAGCGAGGCAACAUCAUAAGAGGAACUGUUCUAUUUGUUUAUCUCCAUCGCUUAGUUCAGGUGCUCGAAAAUCAGAUGUUUCAGAGGUGGAAUUUGAUGAACCCUUGAAUGAGGAUCAAACUAAUAAAGGAUCAUGGAUUCGGAUUGAGCAGAUCCGGUCACAAUCACUACAUGGGCUGCUGGUAAACUUGCAUAAACUUGCUUUAGAUACAAAUUAUAUAAGGGGAGAAUGCUUGAACUCUGUGAAGCAAAAUUUUUUGAUGUUGAGAAAUUGUAUGUACCAAAAUACCUUGAACCUCAGAUUUAAAAAAUGUUCUCCCAGAAGCACUGAAGCUCAGUUUUCUCAUCCUCCAUCAUAUAGUGAGCCAAGUGACAAGGUUGGUGAAAAAUAUUGCAAGGAUGCUUCUAAUCCCCGUAAACAUAAUAUGUCAAGCAAUGUUAACUUCCUUGGCUUAAGUAGGCGACAUGAUUGUCCUGUUGAUUCAGGCUUUUCUUUUAAGAUGGCCAAGACUUUGCCUCACUUGUCAAUCAAUGUAGAUGCUUAUCUUCGGAAAAGCAAACAUGGAUGCAAUGGACAUGUGCUGGAUGCUUUGACCUCAGGGCCUGCUUUAUCACAUCUUUUUUUGAAGUUCUGCAACACCAUACCCUUUUCCAUUUUUAAUGGCACAGUUGCUCAUCUGCAAGUAGAUAGAACCAGAUGCGAAGCAAAUAUCUCUGACACUUUUUUCUCAGGGUCACAACUGGAGGUAUUUAUAAUUGAUGAUGCAAGUUCAAGAACCGAAACCUGCCUGCCAUCUCCUCAUUCUAAGUGUCAGGUCCAGAUGCAGCCUAGCAAUGAUUAUAAUGAAAUGUAUGUUAAAACCAACAAAAGUUUGAGCAUUAGUACUGGUUUCAGGGACAGCUCUAUGGCAAAUAACAAGCUUUAUCUGCCUGUUACUCCUGAUGUAUCAUUCAAGCCACAAUUAGCUCAGGAAUCACUUGGUAACAUUUCCAAUUGUCGACGUUUACUCAUGAAGUUCCCAAAGGAUUUUAAUCUUCCAUCCAAGGAGGAGUUGUUAAGGGAAUUUAGUCAAUUUGGCAAAGUAAACUCAUCUAGAACCAAAAUCUUUACUCGGACGGGCUCUGCUCAGGUGGUUUUCAUAAACCAGACUGAUACCUUGGCUGCUUAUCACCAUGCAAAGAGGAAGAAAGGUUUAUUUGGUGAAAUAAAUAUGCUGCUUUGGUUUGACCCAUACGAAAACAAGAGAAGAGGAUCCAAGUUUGUAAUUCACUCACCAAACCAAAAAUCAAGUCCCAGAGCCAGAAACUACCCUCCGUCUACUCACACUACGAAUCAGAUGCAGAUGCAGCCUAGCUGUGACGAUCGUGAAGCAUGUGUCGAGACCAACGAAAACUUGAGCAUUAAUGCAACUUUCAGAGGCAGCUCUAUGGGUAAUAAGGGGUUCCUUCAGCUUAUUACUACUGAUGUAUCAUUCAAGCCACAAGUAUCUAAGCAAUCGUCGAUUGGUACCUUUUCCAAUUGUCAACACUUGCGCAUGAAGUUCCCCAAGGAUUUUAAUCUUCCAUCCAAGAAGGAUUUGAUAGGAAAAUUUAGAAGAUUUGGCAAAAUAGACUUAUUUAGAACCAAAAUCUUUACACAUAUGGGCUCUGCCCAGGUGGUUUUCUUACACCAUCUUGAUGCAGUUUGUGCUUAUCAGUAUGCAAAGAGAAAGAAAGAUUUGUUUGGUGAGGCAAAUAUCCUAUUUUGGCUUGACCGAUGUGAAAAGAAGAGAAGAGGAUCGAAGCUUGUAGUCCCGAUGCCUAACCUAAAAUCAUGCCUUAAACACACAGAUUACUUGGAUUUGCAUGGACAAAAGGAUAAGAAGUGCCCCUUGCCAAAACCCAAGUCGUGCGUUAAAAUAUCAGACUUGCACAUGCAAGAGGAUAAGAAGAGCAAGAAGAGACCAUGGUUUUCAAUUGAAGCCCCACUCCCAGACCUAAAGUCAUGCCUCAGAAAAUCAGAUUUGCAUGGGCAAGAGGAUAAGAAGUGCACCAAGAGAGUGAGGUUUUUGAUGGAAACCUAGAUUAGGUAAUUUGUAUUUUUGACUAUCAGUUGCUCAUAUGCGAGUUUCGAAGGUUUUAAGAGCAACUGAAGUUGUAAGCUGUCGUCAAACUGCCUGUUGUAUGUUUGGUCAUAUAUAUUUGUAUUUCUCCUAUUUUAAUCUGAACAUGGCACAUCAUCACAGGCUGCCACGUCAAUACAAAUAGGCCAUGUCAUUCAGCA